UCCACUUCCCCUUAAGUACACAUAUUAUGGGGUUGGGGUCAUUUUUCAAAACAAACUCAGUCAAGUAAUCAGAUUGGCUCCAAACUCCAAACUCUAAAAUAAUAUAUGAAAUCAAGUAAGAGAGCUCUAUCAAUCUUGGAUCAAUGUCUCACCAUGGCGCAUAUCAAGCAAAUUCAAAGCCACCUCACAGUUUCAGGUACCCUUUUCGAUCCUUAUGCAGCUGCCAAGAUCAUUACCUUCUGUACUGUAUCCAACUCCGGUGAUUUACGACAUGCGUUUCAACUCUUUCGUCAUAUGCCUUACCGAACCACCUACAUUUGGAACGUCGUGAUCAGAGCUUUAGCUGAGAACAAUGAGUCCAUGAGAGCCGUAUCUCUAUACAGUGAUAUGAUUCAAAGUGGCUUCUUGCCCAACAACUACACUUUCUCCUUUCUUCUUAGAGCUUGCGCUGACCUCUCUUAUCUCUCUUUCGGUUUGGUGCUCCAUUGCCAUGCCAUUAGGCUUGGUUGGGAAUCUCACGAUUUUGUGCAGAACGGGUUGAUCCAUUUGUAUGUGACUUGUGAUUUCAUAAACCCAGCUCGUAAAUUGUUUGACAUGAGCGUAUAUAGAGAUGUUGUCACCUGGACUGCAUUGAUUAAUGGGUAUGUCAAGUCUGGCCAAGUUGUCAUUGCACGGGAGCUGUUUGAUCAAAUGCCUCAAAAGAAUGCGGUUUCUUGGAGCGCUAUGAUUAAUGGGUAUGUGCAAGUUGGGUUGUUUAGGGAGGCCUUGGAGCUUUUUGUCGAUAUGCAGGCAUCUGGGUUUUUGCCUAACCACGCCGGGAUUGUUGGUUCACUCACUGCUUGUGCUUUUCUUGGUGCACUGGAUCAGGGAAGAUGGAUACAUGCAUAUGUCAACAGGAAGAGGAUGCAAUUAGAUAGAGUGUUGGGCACUGCUCUCGUUGACAUGUACACAAAGUGUGGUUGUAUUGAAACUGCUCGUGCUGUAUUUAAUGAGAUGCCGAGUAGGGAUGUCUUUGCUUUUACUUCUUUGAUUUCGGGGCUUGCCAAUAACGGCGAUAGUGCAGGUGCCAUUUCGCUGUUUGCGAGAAUGCAGGAUGAAGGAAUUGCACCUAAUGAAGUUACAUUUAUAUGUGUGUUGAGUGCUUGCAGCCGAAUGGGCUUGGUGGAUGAGGGAUUGCGUAUAUUUGGAAGUAUGACUAGUACUUUCAGGAUACAGCCAGGCAUCCAGCACUAUGGUUGUUUGGUAGAUUUACUAGGGAGAGCUGGGAUGCUAGAAGAGGCAAAGAAGGUUGUUAGAGAGAUGCCCAUGGAACCAGACUCUUACGUCUUGGGUGCAUUGCUCAAUGCUUGUAGAGUUCAUGGAGAUGUUGAGUUGGGUAAAGAAAUGGUUGAGCGCUUGUCCGGGAAAAGUUUAGACCACAGUGGUGUGCAUGUUCUUCUUUCAAACAUCUAUGCCUCUGCCAACCAGUGGGAUGAUGUCACAGUGCUAAGGAAGGGAAUGGAGGAAAAAAAAGUGAGAAAGGUGCCGGGUUGUAGCUUAGUUGAAGUUGACGGCGAGGUUUUUGAGUUUGUUGCUGGAGAUAGGUCGCAUGUGCUCAUGGACGAAAUCAUGUUGGCGUCGCUUGUAAUUGACAAGCAUCUAAAGUCACGUUGCUUUGACAGGGAUGAUGACAAAAUAACUGAGUAACUCAAGUUUUUGCAACUCAAAUGACAUCGGCCAAGCAUCACAACAGUGUUGAACUGUUUGUAUCACUCUUCUGGGAUCGACUUCUUUCUAGAGGUAAACACCUUUUUACAUUCGAUUAAGAUUUGACACACUCAACAGAAAGGCCUCUUCAUGACAUUAACCACACAUAUGUAUGACAAACUCGUAGUUGAACAUUAAAAUAUAUGUAACCUAGUAGGAGUCAAUGGUGAGGUUUUUGAGUUUGUUGUUGGAGA